CGGCCUGCUUGGCUAGCAAUUGACCGCGCGCCUGCGCGAUACGCCACCACCGCUGCCGUGGCAACGAGGAAAAACGGUUACUUCAACUGAGAGCUAAAAUCGGGUUUCGCAAUUUCUCGUUGCAUAUAAAUAAUUAUAAAUACUGUAACAUUAUGUACAUAUCUUUAAUGUAAAUACAUCUGUAAAUAGCAUCUGCGUAUCUUUCCUGUAAGUACUACCAUCCUUACCUGCAUACCUGCUAGCACUCCACAUUGGUGACCAUCCGACAGCACGAAGAUGUCGAAGGAAAAUUUAAGUAAGGAGUGUGUGGACGCGACCGAGGAGGCGCAGGUAUGUAAGGUUGGCGUCCGCGUACCGCCGUUCAACGCGGACGAGCCCGCACUGUGGUUCGCGCAAAUAGAAGCUCAAUUUCAACUUUCAAAGAUCACACAGGAUGAUACAAAAUUUUAUUACGUCGCCGGGCAGCUGGAGGCGCGGUAUGCGAUGGAGGUAAAAGACGUAAUAACUAACCCUCCCGCUGCCGAUAAAUAUGGAAAAAUUAAGGCGGAACUAAUUCGGAGACUCUCCGCGUCUCAGGAAAAACGAACGCGGCAAUUAUUAGUUCAUGAAGAACUCGGCGACCGUAGCCCGUCCCAAUUUUUACGACACUUGCAGAAUCUUGCCGGUACCGCUGCGACUUCGGAACUUCUACAAACAAUCUGGUGCGAUCGUUUGCCACAUAAUGUGCAGACUAUACUUGCGUCGCAGUCUGACCAGUCUUUAGAUAAGCUCGCCGAUCUAGCUGACAGGGUGUACGAGUUAGCUCCAUCGACGCCCCGCGCUCCACAGGUAGCGACUACUUCUGCCACCUAUACAGCGUGUCCAGUUUCGCCCACCGACGCCUUGAUGCAACAAGUCAACGAACUAACCAGGCAAGUAGCUAUGUUAACUAGUCAGUAUCAAAGAGGACGCACAAACUCACGCUCGCGCUCCGCGUCAAGAUCUAGAAGACAUAGCCGCUCUCGCUCAAGGAUGUCACAGCCGCCGCCAAACCAUCCACACUGUUUUUACCACUUCAACUUUGGCGAAAAAGCACACAAAUGUAGUAAGCCCUGCAACUUUGAAUCGGGAAACUCCCCGGGCGGUCGGAACUAGCGGCCAGCGACUGCCCUACCUCCAAAUCUGGCCGUCUAUUUGUCACCGAUCGGACUUCAAAAAUACAGUAUCUCGUGGACACAGGAUCCGAUUUAUGUGUUUUUCCCCGGUCGGCUGUCAAGACGCCAUGCCCUCAAUCGAAGUUUGACCUAGUGGCAGCCAACAACUCCGUCAUCCACACCUAUGGACCUAUGCUACUUACCAUCGACUUAGGUCUAAGAAGAGCUUUUCCGUGGAACUUCACUAUAGCCGAUGUGUCAAAACCGAUCAUUGGAGUAGAUUUCCUCAUCUAUUACGACUUGCUGGUAGACUGCCGGAACCGUCGCUUAAUAGACAACCUUACGUCACUUUCGGUAGGCGCUAUUCCCUACAAGUCGUCCGAUAAUAUAGCUUCUAUCAAAACUGUUGCCGGCGAUACACAAUUUCACGACAUUUUACGCGAAUAUCCCGCCAUCACAAAACCACCAGGUAGGCACUCUCCGUCAAAACAUAACACAGUUCACUUCAUCAAGACCACGCCCGGACAGCCAGUAUCCUGCAAGCCUCGCCGCUUAGAUCCGACGCGAAUGCAGGCUGCGAAGAAGGAGUUCGAGGAUAUGCUAGCAUCUGGCAUAGCUCGGAGGUCGCAAAGUCCCUGGUCUAGUGCACUUCACUUGGUAAAGAAAAAGA